AUAUCAUGAGUUAUACAACUGUGGGUUUACUGUGAAGGGAGGGAGUGAAUGUAGCAAGUAUUUCACACAAGACAAAAUUAAAACAUUUCGGAGAUGGACGAAGGGGAGAAGAUGAAAGAAGCGAUCACAGAGGUGAAGGAAGAUCCCCAGGAGUUGAAAGAAGGGAAGGAAGUGGUCCAGGAGGAGAAAGAUGGGAAGGAAGUGGUCCAGGGGGAGAAAGAUGGGAAGGAAGGAGACCUCUCGUGGGUCAACACCUUCGAGGACCUGUUGGAGGUAGUGGGCACCAACGGCCGCUGGAAUAUCCUUAUGUUCAUCAUGUGUGUCACCUCGGUGGCGAUAUCGCCGCUACAAACUUUGUCCUACCAGUUCCUCGGGGCGACACCUGACUACUGGUGCCACAUCGCCCCCCUGGUAGAGGCCAACUGGACGGACCAACAGAUACUCUCCCUCGCCAUUCCUUACAGGAAUACAAGGAGACCGCUACACAUGAACCAUACGGCGGUCGGCAAAGUUAAAAAGAAAACUUAUGAUUUCGAGACGUGGGUUAGGACAAAUGGUGAGCAGGACAGGGGGAUGCAUGCCGGAUCGAGGAACCAAACAAAAGCAGAGAGUAGAAGGGCUGAAAAAGAGUUCCAGAGGCAGAUUGCUAGUGAGGUCAAGCCAACCCCAAAGGCUUUUUUCCGCUAA